CACUCGGCACCGGUUGGCGUUUCAUUCGAUCGUAGCAACCGUUGGUAGACGUACACUAUCAAGAACCCGUAGCGAAGAAAAUGGCAUCGUACAAGGUUGAGCAGCUACCGUCGCCACUGUCCGUGCUUGGGGAAGGACCUCACUGGGAUGUGGAACGACAGAGCCUGUACUACAACGAUAUCUACGGAGGAUCGAUCCAUCGUUACGAUUACGCUGAGAAUAAGACCUACAACGCAACCAUCGAUGGCUUCCCGGUGAUCUCGUUUAUCAUCCCAGUCAAGGGUAACGAUCAUCACUUUAUCAUCGGCACCGAUCGUAAGGUAACCCUUGUCGACUGGGAUGGUCGCUCGGAGAAGGCCACUUUCGUCCGUACGGUCGGUUCAGUGGAACCGACCCUGGAGGACAACCGUUUCAACGAUGCGAAGGUGGACAGCAAGGGACGCUUCUAUGGCGGUACUAUGCGGCUCGAGGCUAAGGGUGACAUCUUCGAGAUGCGCCUCGGUACCUUCUACCGGUACGACGCCAAGCGCGGUGAGUUUGUGACGCUGAAGAAGCAGAUCGGUGUCUCGAACGGGCUGUGCUGGAAUGAGACGGGUAACCUGCUCUACUACAUCGAUUCCUGUGAUCUGGACGUGAAGGAGUACCAGGUGGAUGAAAAUGGUGAUCUAUCCGGUGAGCGUGUUGUUAUUGAUUUCCGUGUCAAUGGCGAGAAACCUUCGUUCGUGCCGGACGGUAUGACCAUCGAUGCGAACGGUUCGCUGUAUGUCGCUACGUUUGGCGGAUCUACCGUUUACAAGGUUAACUCAAAAACGGGUAAUGUGGAGCUGGAGAUUAAGUUGCCAUGCGAGCAGGUGACGUCGGCUGCAUUCGGAGGACCGAACUUGGAUAUCCUGUACGUGACGACAGCGGCCAAGGAGUUUAAGACGCCGCAACCCGCCCCGGCUGGUGCACUGUUUGCGGUAACUGGACUCGGUGUGAAGGGAACUCCCAUGUACCCAGUUGAUCUGAGCUAG